AUAAUGGAUCCUAAAGAGACAACAAGUGGUUUCGGAAAGAACCCCAGACCCCCCAAGGUUAAAAACAAGAGCGCUGCUCCUGUUCAGAUUACAGCCGAACAAAUCUUGCGUGAAGCUCAUGACCGUCGUCUCGAACCUACUCAUAACAUUCCCCAACAAAAGAUUGCGGAUUUAGAAGAACUGUCAGAAUUUAGACAACGUAAACGUAAAGAGUUUGAGGAUAACAUUCGUAAGAAUCGACUUAAUAUCAGUAAUUGGAUUAAAUAUGCCUCUUGGGAAGAAAGUCAAAUGGAAUUUCAACGUGCUCGAUCUGUGUUUGAGCGUGCUUUAGAUGUUGAAUGGCGUAACAAUGCACUUUGGUUACGUUAUGUAGAUAUGGAGUUGAAGAAUCGUAGUGUCAACCAUGCGCGUAAUUUGCUCGAUCGUGCCACCACUUUGUUACCUCGUGUCGAUCAGUUCUGGUACAAAUAUACCUACAUGGAAGAAACUUUGGGCGACGUUCCUAAAGCAAGAAAUGUGUUCGAACGUUGGAUGAAAUGGGAGCCUACUGAGAAUGCCUGGAUGGCUUAUAUCAAGAUGGAAUUACGAUACGACGAAAAGCAACGUGCUCGCGCUAUCUAUGAACGUUUUGUCAGUAUUCAUCCUGAGCCUGCUAAUUGGAUUAAGUGGGCAAAAUUUGAGGAAGAACACAACAAUUUGAACAAAUGUAGAGAAAUUUAUACUGCCGGUCUCGAGUUUUUAGGAGAAGAGAAAUUAGAUCAGAAAUUACUCGUGGCAUUUGCGAAAUUUGAGAUUAAAGCUAAAGAGUUUGAACGUGCACGUGUCAUCUUUAAAUAUGGUUUAGAUCGUCUUCCCAAAUCAAAAUCACAGUCAUUAUACAACCAAUAUACUAAUUUCGAAAAGCAAUACGGAGAUAAAGCCGGUAUCGAGGAUGUGGUCAUUGGUAAAAGACGUGUGCAGUAUGAACAAGAAAUCGAAGCCAGUCCCAAAAACUAUGAUAUCUGGUUUGAUUAUGCCAAAUUGGAAGAAUCUGCUGGAGACCCAACUCGUGUUCGUGAAGUAUAUGAACGCGCCAUUGCGCAAAUCCCCCCUGCGGAGGAAAAGAGAUUCUGGAGACGUUAUAUUUAUUUGUGGAUUAAUUAUGCUCUCUAUGAAGAGCUCGAAAGUCAAGACAUGGAACGAACAAGACAGAUUUAUGAUCAAUGUAUUAAACUGAUACCACACAAAAAAUUCACAUUUGCCAAAAUCUGGCUGAUGUACGCUCAAUUCGAAAUUAGACAAAUGCAAGUGACUCAAGCGAGAAAGUUAUUAGGUAGAGCAAUCGGUACAUGUCCGAAAAACAAAUUAUUCAAGGGUUAUAUUGAUUUGGAAUUCCAGUUAAGAGAAUUUGAUCGUUGCCGAACCAUCUAUACAAAAUAUCUUGAAUAUGAUCCUUCGAAUUGCUCAGCAUGGAUUCAAUUUGCAGAGCUUGAAAAGAACGUAUUGGAUGAAGUUGAAAGAGCUCGCGCCAUUUUUGAACUUGCUGUUUCACAAGCCAAUCUUAAUAUGCCAGAACUACUAUGGAAAGCAUACAUCGAUUUCGAAAUCGGAGAAGAGGAAUACGAAAAGACGAGGGAUCUUUAUUACCGCUUGUUGGAGCGCACUGAACACGUUAAGGUUUAUAUUAGUUUUGCACAAUUCGAGUUAUCUAUACCUUAUAAAGAUGGAAAUGGCGAAGGUGUCACUCGUGCCCGAACCAUCUUUAGUAAGGCAUAUGAUAAGAUGAAGGAGAAGGAUCUUAAAGAAGAGCGUGUUAUCUUACUUGAAGCAUGGAAAGAAUUUGAAGAGAAUUACGGUACAGAGGAAACCAAGGAGGUUGUCAAAAAGAAGAUGCCCAAGGUGGUUAAGAAGAGAAGAAGAGCUGCUGACUCGUCUGAAGAUAAUGUUAUCUGGGAAGAAUACUUUGACUACAUCUUUGCUGAUGACGAAGUUCAAAACCGUUCUCUUAAAUUCUUGCAGAUGGCCCAGGCCUGGCAAGCAAAGCAAAAGGAAUUGGAGGAAAAUAAUAAUGAAUCAUAAAAAUGCCGAUAAUAUAAUAAAGGAUAUAAUUGUUUUUUUUUUUU